UGUCUUACAACUCGACAGUAUCAUGAAUAUGGAUCCUAUUUUCCACGUAUGGUUUUCCAACGUGUAAUCUGUAAAAUGAGCCUCAAAUAAAGCAAGCUCGAAGACUUGUAGCAGUCAGUGUACUUACAGAGAGCUACAAACACGCGUCCAAGAAUUCCGAGCCUUGAACCGAGAAAUACAGAUUCAGUCAUGUGGAGAAUAACAAAACUAGUUCUCUUUUCACUUCUUUUUGUGACGUUAGUUGAAAAUUCUUUCCAAGAUGAUGAAGGUGGUGAAGAAGAAGAGUUUCGAGGACUCAGGAUCGGAAUUAUGAGGAAACCUAAAAAAUGCGCCCAAGAAACGAAACAUGGAGACCAUUUGACUGUAAAAUACAAUGCUACUCUAGUCGAUGGUACUCUCUUGGUACCAACACGCAACCUCGAGUUCACAAUCGGAGAAGGAUCCAUGAUUCAGGGAUGGGACCAAGGUCUUUUGGACAUGUGUGUUGGAGAGAUCCGUGAACUGGUUGCUCCACCAAGUUAUGGAUAUGGAGAGCUUCAAGUAGGAGAUGCUAUCCCUCCUAAAGCACACUUGACGUUUUACAUUGAGUUAUUAGAUAUCAAGGAUGGACAACCUAAGCCUGAUAUCUUUGGUCAGGUGGAUAUUAAUGGAGAUGGGCUGAUAUCACAUGAUGAGGUUGCAGCUUAUCUAAGGAAAGAAUCAAUCCCAGACGGUGAUGGAGAUAGCAGUCACCAGACAGUCAUCACAGAGAUUUUCAACGAGGAAGACAAGGACAACGAUGGCUACAUCUCGCUGAACGAAUUCCAGGGCUUCAAACACGAGGAGCUUUAAAAUAUUCAAUGUAUAUUUAGUUUUAGCUAACUUAGUACUAAUACUCUUUUCUUUUUUUCGACUAGUGAACUUUUUAUACACAUGCAAUAAUCCUUGAAAAUUAUUCCAACCUUUAGAAAGUUACAUUCUUGUUACAUUUUAGACGCUUCGUUUUCUUUUUGUUUUUUUAAAGCACACUUGGGGUGCUUACCAGUUUAAACCAAUCCAUCCGGUUGGAAAUUUAUUCGUUAAUUGUAAAAAAGAGCAGGAAACUUUGACUAUCGAAAAAUGGUACACGUGUCUACCGAAAGGACCAAAAAGAGCGGGAAAAGUGGAUUACCUCAAUCAGAAGGCCGGGUUUUCUGGAACUUUCCGAUCGUAAUGAUGCAAACCAUCUGUUUUCCAACCGGAAUCUUCGGUUUUUCCUGGUAAAUGGUAAGCACCCUUACUCUGCAUUUUUCAACUGAAAUCUCGAAUUCGAAUCAUAGAAAUUAGAUUCUACUCAGCUACACAGAACUGCCAGUAAAGCAUAUUUUUCUCCCGUGUGACGAGUGACGUAAAUAAACAGUAUUCCAUAAAA